AUGGCUCUAGACAACGAUGAAAAGUCUAAUACCGUCGAGUUCAUAGAACGCCUACCGGAAGGAACGACUACCGCGGCUACAUCCGGACUAGGUCAUCUCGCCAAUCAGGAAGACCAUGAGGUUGGGAAACUUGCGUCCUUCCGCAAGUACCCUUGGGCAUGUGCUUGGUCGAUAUACAUGGUGUGGUUAGUGCUACUCGUCAGCUUUGAGAACCAAGCAGCGGGAAGUGUUAUCGGUAUACCCAAGUUCAGGGAGGACUUUGGCCAUCAGUUUACUGCGGACGACGGGACUGUGAGUUAUGUCAUUGACGCUCAGUGGCAGUCGGCCUUCCAGGGCGCACCUGUAGCUUCUGCUAUCGUGGGUGCCCUCGGAUGCGGUCAACUCGCUGACUGGCUUGGCCGACGCCUAGUAGUCAUCAUCUGUCUCGCAGUCACCUUUGCCGCAAUAACCAUGGAGUUCGUCGCAACGACCAACCAUAUGUUUUUCGGUGGCAAGUUCCUGAACGGGUUCGUCGUUGGCGCCCUAGCAUCCGUCACCGUCACAUACAUCGGUGAAGUCGCCCCGUUGAAACUCAGGGGCAUGUUGACAUGCUUGACUGCCCUUUCGUACACCCUCGGACCACUCACAGUCGCGCUCAUCGUCAACUCCACGGGUGUAUACACCAAUCGUUGGGCAUAUCGCGCUGUCUUUUGUGCUCAGUACGGAUUCGCUGGGGUAGCUGCAGCUUUCGUUUGGUUCAUGCCUGAGUCGCCAUGGUGGCUUGCAUCCAAGGACCGCCAAGCUGACGCACUUAAAGCUCUCAACAGCCUUGGUCAUCGGGGUUUUGCAGGUGAGCAAAAGCUAGCUCAGAUCAUGACGACUCUGCAAGAAGUUAGGCACGAGACCGAAGGCGUUACAUACCUGGAUUGUUUCCGUCGGUCCAACCUCCGGCGAACCAUCAUCUCGGUCAUGCCACUGACUAUCCAGUCACUCAGCGGCAUCAUGUUCGCAGCCUCUUAUUCGACAUACUACAUGCAGCUCGCCGGCUUCACCACCGCCAUGUCGUUUAAGUUGCAGAUCGUGCAGCAAGUCCUCUCUCUACUCGGAAACGUCGUACCUUGGUACCUAGUUGACCGUAUAGGUCGUCGCAACCUCACCUUCUGGGGACUCUUUGUGCUCACCAUCAUCCUGUUCGUCAUGGCCGGUCUCGCGGUCGUCGGCACGGUACCCGCACUCAAAGGCGCUAUCAGUAUGAUCCUACUCUAUUGCUUCUGGUAUAAUGUCACCAUUGGCGCGACUGCUUAUACUAUCCUGUGCGAGACAUCAACUUCACGUCUUCGCAUCAAGACCAUUGCCAUCGGUCUCGCUCUCCAGAACGCGCUUAAUACCAUGUGGAGUUUUGUGUUGCCCUACCUGUUCAACCCCGACCAGCUCAACCUCGGUGGAAAGCUGGGUUUCAUCUUCGGUGGCUUGUCUGUUGUAUGCUUGGUGUAUCUUUGGUUCUAUCAGCCUGAGACGGCGGGUCGGACUUACGAAGAGUUGGAUGAGAUGUUCGUUAAUCGAGUCAAGGCGAGGAAGUUUGGAACGCACAGGACGGAUGCGCAAGCUAUGGGUCAGGCAAUGAGGCAAAAGGAAGCCGCAUAG